GGUGUGUGUCUAUUUUCAGAAACACGAGGGGCAUAAUAGACCACCAGUAUGGGGGCCAUGUUCCGCAGCGAAGAGAUGGCUUUAUGCCAGCUCUUCAUACAGCCCGAGGCGGCUUACACCUCCGUGUCCGAGCUGGGAGAAGCCGGCACCGUACAGUUUAGAGACUUGAAUCCGGACGUCAACGCGUUCCAGCGUAAGUUUGUCAAUGAAGUCCGUCGCUGCGAUGAGAUGGAACGCAAACUGCGGUACAUUGAGGCGGAGGUACAUAAGGACGGAGUCCACAUCCCCGCGGUCAAGGAAGCCCCCAGAGCCCCUAACCCGAGGGAGAUCAUCGAUCUUGAGGCUCACUUGGAGAAGACAGAAAAUGAAAUCCUGGAGCUUUCCCACAACGCCGUGAACCUGAAACAGAACUACCUCGAGCUGACCGAGCUGAAGCACGUGCUCGAGAAGACCGAGGCGUUCUUCAUCGCGCAGGAGGAGAUCGGCAUCGACUCCAUGACCAAGUCCCUGAUCACGGACGAGACGGGCCAGCAGGCGGCUGCUCGCGGGCGGCUGGGCUUCGUGGCGGGCGUCGUGCAGCGCGAGCGCGUGCCCGCCUUCGAGAGGAUGCUGUGGCGCAUCUCACGGGGAAACGUCUUCCUGCGCCGCGCGGAGCUCGACAAGCCGCUAGAGGACCCUUCUACUGGCAAUGAGAUCUACAAGACGGUAUUCGUGGCCUUCUUCCAAGGUGAACAGCUGAAGUCUCGCAUCAAGAAGGUGUGUUCCGGGUUCCACGCGUCGCUCUACCCCUGCCCGCCUUCCAACACCGAGCGACAGGACAUGGUCAAGGGCGUCAGGACCAGGCUCGAAGAUCUUAACAUGGUGUUGAACCAGACCCGCGAUCACAGACAGCGUGUCCUAGCCAGCGUUGCCAAGGAGCUGGCCAGCUGGACCAUCAUGGUUCGCAAGAUGAAGGCUAUCUACCACACACUGAACCUGUUCAACAUGGACGUCACCAAGAAGUGUCUGAUCGGAGAAUGCUGGGUGCCCACUGCCGACCUGCCCAAUGUACAGAAGGCUUUGGCUGAUGGAUCUAACGCGUGCGGCAGUUCGAUCCCAUCCUUCCUGAACUGCAUCGAGUCUGACGAGGAGCCGCCGACCUUCAACCGCACAAACCGCUUCACUCGCGGCUUCCAGAACCUGAUCGACGCUUACGGUGUUGCCUCGUACAGGGAAUGUAACCCAGCUUUGUACACCAUCAUCACAUUCCCGUUCCUUUUCGCCGUGAUGUUCGGCGACUUGGGCCACGGUUUCAUCAUGGCCCUGUUCGGUGGCUGGAUGGUCGCCAAAGAGGUUUCCCUCGCCGCCAAAAAGUCAACCAACGAAAUCUGGAACAUUUUCUUCGCCGGUCGUUACAUCAUUCUUCUCAUGGGCUGCUUCUCAAUGUACACUGGUUUGGUCUACAACGACAUUUUCUCGAAAUCUAUGAACAUCUUCGGAUCUUCGUGGACUAUACCUUACGAUAACGAGACCAUGGAAGCUAAUGCGGCUUUGACAUUGAACCCUAAAGAGUCGUACAGCGACAUUCCGUACUUCAUCGGUAUUGAUCCUAUUUGGCAGACUGCUGACAACAAGAUCAUCUUCUUGAACUCAUACAAAAUGAAGCUGUCAAUCAUUUUCGGUGUCCUGCACAUGAUCUUCGGUGUCUGCAUGAGUGUCGUCAACUACAACUUCUUCAAGCGCCGCUACUCAAUCUUCCUGGAAUUCUUGCCGCAAGUCAUCUUCAUGUGCCUCCUCUUCUUGUACAUGGUAUUCAUGUUGUUCUUCAAGUGGAUCAACUACAGCACCUUCGCCGAAGACCAGGCCAGCCAGGCGGGCUGCGCGCCGUCCGUGCUGAUCCUGUUCAUCAACAUGAUGCUGUUCUCGAGCACUCCGGCGGCGGAGGGCUGCAAGGAGUACAUGUACGAGUCGCAGCCCACCGUGCAGCGGGUGUUCGUGUUGGCCGCGCUCUGCUGCAUACCCGUCAUGCUGCUCGGCAAGCCGCUCUACCUGCUCAUGGCCAGCAAGAAGAAGGACGCUAAGCCUGAACACUCAAACGGCAGCGUGAACCAGGGCAUCGAGCUACAGGAACAGACCGACGUUACCGACGCCGUGCCCAAGCCCGCGGCGAAGGCCAGCCACGACCACGACGACGAGCCCUUCAGCGAGAUCAUGAUCCACCAAGCCAUCCACACCAUUGAAUACGUGCUCAGUACCAUCUCACACACAGCCUCUUAUCUCCGACUGUGGGCCUUGUCGCUUGCUCACGCAGAAUUGUCGGAAGUACUGUGGAACAUGGUGUUGACGUUCGGUCUGAAGGACCACGACUACAUCGGCGCCAUCAAGCUGUACGUGGCGUUCUGCUUCUGGGCGCUCUUCACUCUCGCCAUCCUCGUCAUGAUGGAGGGCCUCUCCGCUUUCCUCCACACCCUGCGUUUGCACUGGGUGGAGUUCAUGAGCAAGUUCUACUCCGGUCUGGGAUACAUCUUCCAGCCAUUCUGUUUCAAGACCAUUCUCGAACAGGAGGAGAACAAGGAUGAAUAAACACUUAUCACGUAGAAACACAGUAGCGUAGAUACAAACAGUAUUUUUCAUUUAUAUUCCAGUAAUACAGAAAUGUCACAACUGUUGAGUUGAAAUCAAAUAUAUUUAUGUAAGUUCAAA